UGCGCCGCCGACGUUUGCGGCGAUACGACGAGACUAUAUGCCGAUUAGAGGUUUGCCGGCAGGCCCGUGUUACGUCGGACGCCAUCUUGCGAAUAGGCGGUUACCGUGGGGCAAGAGAAAAAUAUAACCGCAGGCACCGUGGAGCCGUGUAUCUGCACGGUUAAAAAAAAGAGAAAAAAACGUAAAAGGAGGAAAAAAAGAGAGGCUAUAAGAAAGUCAUAAUCAAAUUAACCAAAAAAUAAUCACCGAUUGACACAGUAAUAAUAUUUUUCACGAAACCUGGUGGAUUACUGUUCUCUCCCAACAAUUGGCCCAAAUGAACAGUGACUGAGGAUUAAACAGUGAAGUGAAAAGUCAUGAAAAAGGAUUAAUAACAGUGGAAUUGUAUCGUCGUAUGAUCAGUGAAUUGGUUUUCUUCGAGUUGUCGGUGAGCCUGUGAAAAUUGGGUGAAAAACUUGUGGGACUGCAUCGAAGGUGAAAACAAAAAUAAAUACAAACAGAUAAUUGUCCGAAUGGAUGUAACAGGGCAGUACCGGGCAGUGGGCUCGAGUGCGUACGCUUCGUGAAAUAAGCCCUCGGUUGUGCUCCCUAUUUUUUAAAGCCCCCCUGAGCCGUUUACAUCACCACAGUAUACCCCAAAAAAAAAACUCCAAAAAUCAUCUCCCCCCUCAGUGAUUGUCGAGGUGAAUCCAGCGACGGAAAAUUCACAAGCAGAGGAAUUAAAAAAUCAGGGAGUGUAAUCUUUCAUGUUGAAAAAGUGGUGACACACACUCUCGAGGCAUAAGUGUGAGAAGUGCAAAAACCAAGUGGUGAAUGAAAAUUAAUGUUUAAAUUAUUGACAAAAACUGUUGUUAAUCAUUGUCUUGUGGCUCUCAGUAUCUAACCUGCUGUCCAGUCGACCAGAUAAAGAUGAUUGCAUAUGGGCGUUCUGAAUGUGCCGUAGCCGUUGGUAUCGUCAAGGUGGUGGUAGCAGAACAGUCAGGAUUACAGUCUUGUGUAAACCUGUGAAAUAACAACUGAAACAACAGAGAAAAACCGGACAAAUUGAUUGAUUAAAUAACGAGGGAAAAAUAUUUAUCGUGAAAGAAAAAGUCUAAAUAAAAUUUUGUUUACUCAAGUGCCGAGUGAAAAGUGAAUUUUUAAAAAGAGUGCAUUGAGAAGAUAAAUAUUUGUGACGUGAUAAGGAGGAAAAUAGAGGUGAUACGUGGUCAGUUAAAGUGGCUGUUAAAACGUCUGAGACGUUAGGCUUAAUACGAAUUAAAAAAUUCACCGUGGCAUCAAGAUAAUAUAGGUCGUAAAGAGGCAGCCGAGAGCAGGCAGUUGCCGCCUCCUGCCCUGGAUAUUCAAGAGCCUCGGCAUUGUAAUUAAUAACAAUUGUACAAUUUUUCUAUCAAUUCAAUUUGAAGGUUAAAGUGCUCCCCAAUUUCUCCCUCCUCCCUCCGAGGAUUCUGCUUAAACUAAAUCAUGGCGUGCUGCUUGUCGGAAGAGGCUAAGGAACAGAAGCGUAUUAAUCAGGAGAUAGAGCGGCAACUUCGGAGGGACAAGCGAGAUGCCAGACGGGAGCUUAAACUACUGCUUCUGGGUACUGGUGAAUCGGGAAAAUCUACGUUUAUCAAACAGAUGAGAAUUAUCCACGGAUCUGGAUAUUCGGACGAGGACAAGAAGGGAUUUAUCAAGCUCGUUUACCAAAAUAUAUUCAUGGCGAUGCAGUCUAUGAUACGGGCGAUGGAUCUUCUAAAAAUUCAAUAUGGAGAUUCCUCGAAUGCAGAAAAAGCGGAAUUGGUGAGGAGUAUAGACUUCGAAACGGUAACAACGUUUGAAAGUCCAUACGUAGAAGCCAUUAAGGAUUUGUGGGCAGAUGCUGGUAUUCAAGAGUGUUACGAUCGUCGACGAGAAUACCAACUGACGGAUUCAGCCAAAUACUACCUUAUGGAGAUAGAUCGAGUGGCAGCACCAAACUACCUCCCCACAGAACAAGACAUUCUUCGUGUGAGAGUUCCCACAACUGGUAUAAUUGAAUAUCCAUUUGACUUGGAAGAAAUACGGUUUAGUUAUAUUAGCGACCUAGACCGUAUCGAAAAACCAGAUUAUCUUCCCACUGAGCAAGACAUUCUUCGGGCUCGAGCUCCUACAACAGGAAUUAUUGAAUAUCCCUUCGAUCUGGACUCCAUCAUAUUUAGGAUGGUGGACGUCGGCGGACAGAGAUCUGAGAGAAGAAAAUGGAUUCAUUGUUUCGAAAAUGUCACUUCCAUCAUAUUUUUAGUAGCUUUAAGUGAAUAUGAUCAAAUUUUAUUCGAAUCUGAGAACGAAAACCGAAUGGAGGAGAGUAAGGCGCUAUUCAAAACGAUCAUAACAUAUCCCUGGUUCCAGCACUCCUCCGUUAUUCUGUUUUUAAAUAAGAAGGAUUUGCUGGAGGAGAAGAUCAUGUACUCUCAUCUCGUCGAUUAUUUUCCAGAAUAUGACGGCCCACAGAGAGAGGCCACAGCUGCUAGAGAAUUCAUAUUAAGGAUGUUUGUCGACUUGAAUCCCGAUAGCGAGAAAAUUAUUUAUUCUCACUUCACGUGCGCUACAGAUACCGAGAACAUUAGAUUUGUAUUUGCGGCGGUUAAGGACACAAUUCUCCAGUCAAACUUGAAAGAAUACAAUUUGGUGUAGGUUCGGACAUUAUGACAUCCCACAGUGGAUUCAUCUGUAUUUAAUCAGAGCUCCAGAUGCCAAAAAUCUGCGAGCUUUAACCACAAAAUGAUAACACACAAAAUGAAGGAAUUUACAAAAAAAAAAACGGACUUUGUUGAUCAAACUCGUUUAAUGAGGUAAAAAACAACCGUAAAGACGGACACAGAGUUACGACUAUUGGAGACGAUGAAUGCCAUAGUAAAGAAAAAGGGAUUGAAAAACUAAUGGGUGAAAAUAACGAUGGAAUAAACUGCGAAAUAAAAAUAUUUAAAAAAUAAUUGUAUGAAAAUAAAAUUUUGAAAAAAGUAAAUGGAAAUAGGCUGAAAAAUGAUCGAAUGACUCGUUGUGCUGCGGCAGUUGCACGAGUGUACCAACAUUUUAGUUAGCUAAAAAAAUGAAAAUUUCCAGCGAAUGAAGAUUUAAAAAUGGAAACAAUAAGGACCUAACUCUGAGCGUUAUACGUUCUCUCCUAAAAAAAAAACUUUUCACUGUCGAUACCAACAAACUGAUUUAGUUUCGUACUCUAUUUGUUGAAUUUGUUACCUUUUUAUAGCUUAGCUUAGUCGAUCGAGCCUGGCUGACUGUGACAUCGCCUGAUCUUUAUAUAAACGAUAAAAAAAUUGAUAAGUAUCAAUUAAUGGAAAAAAAAAUAUUAAACAAACAAAAAGAAUAGUUCAGAGUAACCUGCGUACUAUGCAUUUGGUCUUGUGGGGUCUCCGUCGAAUGAGGAUUGAUAGAUAAUAAAAUGAGGGCGAAACAAGAUGAAAUUAUAAUUGACGAAAGAAAAUUUGAAGUCCAACAAUGAGUGAGACAAAAAUUGAAAAUAAGAGGACAACAAAGCUUUUUACAAAUCACGAUUAAGUCGGUUUAAACACAAGUGAGAGCGAUUCUAGUGCCAUUUACUAGCGUGGUGUUCCUAUUGCAGUCCUUCGUUUAGUUGCAAAAAAAGCCAAAGUGUUUUUUCUUUCAUUAUUUUCCUUAAUCUUCUGUAUUUUAUUAAUUUCUUUUUUGUUCAAUUUGUAUUUAAAAUGAAAAACAAGAAAGAAUGAUUUUUUUUAAGAGGAAUAAAAUUUGUGCAAGAAACGACAAA